AUGGCGGAAAACAAAGGAGGCGGCGGCGGCGGGGACGCGGCCGCCGAGGCCGCGCCGGGCGGCGGCGGCGGCCUAGAGCCUCCCGCCGGCUCGCCGUCCGCCGCCGCGCCGCCCGAAGAGCGCGAGAGCCCCGGGGCGGCGGCGGCGGAGCGCGGCGGCGGCGAGGCCGAGGCCGAGGCGGCGGCGGGGCCCGGUGCGGCGGCGGGGCCCGGCCCCAGCCCGGUGCCGCCGCUGACGCCCGCGGCGCCGGGGCCGUUCUCGCUGCUGGACACGUGCGCGGUGUGCGCGCAGAGCCUGCAGAGCCGGCGGGAGGCCGAGCCCAAGCUGCUGCCCUGCCUGCACUCCUUCUGCCGCCGCUGCCUGCCCGAGCCCGAGCGCCAGCUCAGCGUGCCCGUGCCCGGCGGCGCCAACGGCGACGUGCAGCAAGUGGGGGUGAUCCGGUGCCCGAUCUGCCGCCAGGAGUGCCGGCAGAUCGACCUGGUGGACAACUACUUUGUGAAGGACACCUCGGAGACACCCAGCAGCUCCGACGAGAAGUCAGAACAGGUGUGCACCAGCUGCGAGGACAAUGCCAGUGCUGUGGGUUUCUGUGUGGAGUGUGGGGAGUGGCUGUGUAAGACCUGCAUAGAAGCUCACCAGCGAGUAAAGUUUACUAAAGAUCACAUGAUCAGGAAAAAAGAGGAUGUGUCAUCAGAGGCCGUGGGAGCAUCUGGUCAACGUCCUGUUUUCUGCCCUGUCCACAAACAAGAGCAGUUAAAACUUUUCUGUGAAACCUGUGACAGGCUGACAUGCAGAGACUGUCAGUUACUGGAACACAAAGAACACAGGUACCAGUUCCUGGAAGAAGCUUUUCAGAACCAGAAGGGUGCAAUUGAGAACCUGUUGGCCAAACUUCUUGAGAAGAAGAAUUAUGUAAAUUUUGCAGCUGCCCAAGUUCAAAAUAGGAUAAAAGAAGUAAAUGAAACCAACAAACGAGUAGAACAGGAAAUCAAAGUGGCUAUAUUCACCCUCAUCAAUGAAAUCAAUAAAAAGGGAAAAUCUCUCCUACAGCACCUUGAGAAUGUAACAAAGGAGAGACAGAUGAAGUUAAUCCAGCAGCAGAAUGACAUCACUGGUCUGUCACGACAAGUGAAGCACGUGAUGAACUUCACUAAUUGGGCGAUCGCGAGUGGCAGCAGCACUGCCCUGCUCUACAGCAAACGGCUGAUAACAUUCCAGCUACGGCACAUUCUGAAGGCACGAUGCGAUCCUGUCCCAGCUGCCAACGGAGCGAUCCGCUUCCAUUGUGACCCCACCUUCUGGGCUAAGAACGUCGUCAAUUUGGGUAACCUGGUCAUUGAAAAUAAACCAACCCCUAGUUAUACUCCCAAUGUAGUGGUUGGGCAGACUCCUCCAGGAACAAACCACAUCAACAAAGCUCCAGGACAAAUCAAUCUGGCCCAGCUUCGACUCCAGCACAUGCAGCAGCAAGUGUAUGCCCAAAAACACCAGCAGCUGCAGCAGAUGAGGAUGGCCCAGCCAUCUGCAUCCGUGCCCAGGCAGAGCAGCCCCCAAGUCCUGCAGCAGCAGCCUCCCAGGUUGAUCAGCAUGCAGACCAUGCAGAGGGGUAACAUGAACUGUGGGGCUUUCCAAGCACAUCAGAUGAGAAUGGCUCAGAAUGCUGCUCGUAUACCAGGAAUCCCACGCCACAAUGGACCUCAAUACUCCAUGAUGCAACCUCACCUUCAAAGACAACACUCCAACCCUGGCCACGCGGGGCCCUUCCCGGUGGUUUCCGUGCACAACACCACCAUCAACCCCACCAGCCCCACCACGGCCACCAUGGCCAGCGCCAACCGCGGCCCCACCAGCCCGUCCGUGUCGGCCAUCGAGCUCAUCCCGUCCGUCACCAACCCGGAGAACCUGCCCUCCCUGCCAGACAUCCCUCCCAUCCAGCUGGAAGAUGCUGGUUCCAGUAGUUUAGAUAAUCUGCUGAGUAGAUACAUCACAGGCAGCCACCUCCCCCCACAGCCUACAAGCACCAUGAAUCCCUCCCCAGGACCUUCAGCUCUAUCUCCAGGGUCAUCAGGUUUAUCCAACUCCCACACUCCUGUGAGGCCCCCCAGCACCUCCAGCACAGGCAGCAGAGGAAGCUGUGGCUCCUCGGGGAGAACUGCUGACAAAACUGGCAUCAACUUCAAGGCUGACCAAGUGAAAGUAAAGCAAGAACCAGGCACAGAGGAAGAGAUCUGCAGUUUCUCAGGAACAGUAAAGCAGGAAAAAACAGAGGAUGGCAGAAGGAGUGCUUGCAUGCUCAGCAGCCCUGAGAGCAGCUUGACACCACCACUGUCCACUAACUUACACCUGGAGAGUGAACUGGAGGCGUUGGGAAGCCUGGAAAACCAUGUGAAGACAGAGCCAGCAGAUCUGAGUGAGAGCUGCAAACAGUCUGGGCACAGCCUGGUGAACGGGAAAUCGCCCGUGCGGAGCCUCAUGCACCGCUCAGCUCGAGUGGGGGGAGAAGGGAACAACAAGGAUGACGACCCCAACGAGGACUGGUGUGCUGUGUGCCAGAACGGGGGGGACCUGCUGUGCUGUGAGAAGUGCCCCAAGGUGUUCCACCUCACCUGCCACGUCCCAACACUCCUCAGCUUCCCCAGUGGAGAGUGGAUAUGUACAUUCUGCAGAGACCUGAGCAAACCUGAAGUAGAAUAUGAUUGUGACAAUUCCCAGCACAGCAAGAAGGGGAAGACAGCACAAGGCCUGAGUCCUGUGGACCAAAGGAAAUGUGAACGCCUCCUGCUUUACCUGUACUGCCACGAGCUGAGCAUUGAGUUCCAAGAGCCAGUCCCAGCCUCGAUACCAAACUAUUAUAAAAUUAUAAAGAAACCAAUGGAUUUAUCCACGGUGAAGAAGAAACUGCAGAAGAAGCAUUCCCAACACUACCAGACCCCCGAGGACUUCGUGGCUGAUGUCCGGUUGAUCUUCAAGAACUGUGAAAGGUUUAAUGAAAUGAUGAGAGUUGUUCAAGUUUAUGCAGAAACACAAGAGAUUAAUUUGAAGGCUGAUUCAGAAGUAGCACAGGCAGGGAAGGCAGUUGCAUUGUACUUUGAAGAUAAACUUACAGAGAUCUACUCAGACAGGACCUUCCAGCCUUUGCCUGAAUUUGAGCAGGAAGAGGAUGAUGGUGAAAUAACUGAGGACUCCGAUGAAGAUUUUAUACAACCACGUAGAAAACGCCUAAAAUCAGAUGAGAGACCAGUGCAUAUAAAGUAAUCUAAUGAUAUGGACCUAAAAUUUAUUGUAAAAACUGUUAUUUAAGUGUUCCUGGAAUAUUAUCAUGCCUACAGUGGCCAUCUUGAAGAAGCUGAUAGCUUUUUAAACAGUAUUAGAUAACAAACAACACUUGUACAGAAAAACAUUCGCAUCAAAAGGGGAAAAAAACUGUAUUGUAAAUUCUUGGUGGUUUGUAUUUUUUUUUUUCCUUGAUUACUUGCGAUAUUCUUUCUUUUCCUGAUGGAGGGGACACACUCAUCCUGGUCUCACAGACAGAGGUGGAGGAAUGUUGAAGAGAAGCAGAUUUGACAGAGAUGUUCCAUGUACAGAUAAGACUGUGUAGUGACACGUUCUGCAGGGCUGGACCAGUUCAGUGACUGUAUCUUGCAUUACACUGCAGUGUAAACUGUGAGCAGAGCUCCUGAAAUCCCCUCUCUGUCCACUCAAGUGUGUGUUGGUCGUUGCUUUGAUCAUCCCAUUGAAGCAGGAUUGUGAAUAACUGAUCUUCUGUGUCGAUCCAAUUGUUGACAUUUUGCUUUCUUUACUCCAUUUUAUGUAUAGCAAAAGGAAAAAGAAAGAAAAAUCAUUAAACUGUUCUGAAUUGGUGAGCGCAGGAAUGUGAGUUUUUGGCAGAUGAAAGGCUCAGCUCGUGGCUACAAUCCCUUUCAGUAGGACAAGGUGUUUUUAUUCAAGUCCUGUACCCAGAACAUUUUAAUGGCAUCCAUGGCAGAAGUCUCAGUGUUGUCAUCUGUCCCUGACCCCCUGACGAGGCAGAAUGUUCUCUCCAGUAUUCAUUCUCUAGUUUUCUGUACCUAAAAUAUAGACUGAAGAGGUAAUAACUGGUUGGGGUGUUUUUCCAGUCUUCCUAAAUAUCAGUUUCUAAUAGACCACUUGGCAAACAAUAACCUAUUAACUACCAAAUGUGUAAAAUUUCCUGUAUUCACUUUGUCUUAUUUGUAAAUAGUGAAUUGAGAUUUCUUGCAGAUCAGCAACAUUUGCUGAACUGUUUUUAAGCUAAUAUGUAUUCUUAUUGAUUGUUCCUAUCAAGAAAAGAUUUGUAAUAUAUGCUAUUUCUAACAUUGCAUUCAUUUUGAGGUUCUGUCUUAUUUUUCUUAGAGUACUUCUCAGAACUUUCUUCAGAAGCAGCUUGUGAGGGAAAUGUGCAGAAAGAUUGGAAUCAGUCUGAGUUUGGGUUGCCUGUCCAUCCAUUGAACAAAGCACUUGCACAGGGUCUGGCCUUGAGUGGUUUCUGGUCAGAGAGUGAAAUCAGAACAAUUUCCCAAUUCCCUCACUAACCCCUGAGGCACCUCUGCAGUGCCUUCCCUUGCACUGCCUCCAUCCCAGCAUUCCUGCUUAGAAAUCACGGAAUCACAAGGAGUUACAGCUUGAGAAGUUGUUUUCUUUACUGACACAAGUCAGACCUAGAAAGAAUAAAUACAAUUUCUGGCCUUCAUAUUGAUCUCGUUAAAGGAAGUUGAAGAAUUCAUGUAACCAAUGAGCUCGAGAGGGCAGACUCUCAAUUUGCCAUAAUUUGUGGGGAUCCAGCAAUCCUGUGGGAGAUCCCUGGGGGUUUGGUGGACUCAGCAGAGCAAUUCCUGUGACACUGUACACACUUUACCAUCAUGGUAAAGAGAAGUAUUUUAGCACAAUAUCAAAUUGAGAAAUGCUCUCAGCAGUUUUUAUGCAAAUCACUGCAGAUUUGGUUUCUUUUAUAGGAACCAGGUCUGUGUACCUUGGGAUUCUCCCUCUCUUGCAAUAAAGGAGGGGACUGAAGAUGUUCAUAACUCUCAGCUCACUUUACUCAAAUGUUACACUUCAAACUCAAACUGGUUGGGUUUUUUUUUCAUUUCUCAGACAUUAACAGUGCUGUUUUAAGUCUAUUUUUUACCAGUUUGUAUGUGAAAGGAAAAGGAAUUCCACUUCAACGUAUUAAAUUGACAAAGAGCAGCAACUUUGCCCGUGGAAAGGCUGACGUGUGAAUAGGACACUGGUAGUGACAAGGGAUCAUUUCAUGGCUCUGUGUAUUGCCUAUUUAUGCAUUUCUAGUUUCUCAGCUUCAUUUUGCAAAAGGAAUAUUAUUAAAAUUAUCAUGAAAAUAAGAUUCUGUGAACUCUCUUCACUCGGGGCUCCUGUUUUUAUGGCGCUUCUGGUACCUUCAGGCCUCACCUUUUGAGCUGCUCCCGGGGCAGCAGCCGUGGAUUGGAUCCUGCAGAGACCCUGGGGCUGAGCCAGAGCAUGGGAUGGGCACGGGGGGAUCCCAGAUGGAGCACGGGGGGAUCCCAGCAGAGCACAGUGGGCAGCACUCGCCCAAAACCCUCCACGGAGGCUCGUGCCCCCCAGCUGCUGCAGGAACAGGACCCUCUGCUCCCCACCCAGACCCCAGAGCAGUUUCCAGUGUUUUGGGACAGCCUCUCCUUUGAGGUGGCCUCUCCAACCCUUCACUCCAGGUGGAAAACUUGUCCAGCUCGUGCUCAGCAGCUUCUGCACACCAGGAGUGAAGCUGAGCUGGACCCUGCUGAGCCCAGACCCUUGCACAGACCCCACUGAACCUCCAGAACUGUUCCUCCCGUCCAGUUCCCAGUGCUCAGUAGGAUUAUGUGGAAUUUUGAAUGUGUGCAAGAAAUCUCAAGUGUUUCUUUUAUGCGAGGAAACAAAACAUUCUCUUCUUCUUCUUCCCUUUAAUUUUUGAGCUCCCAAAGCAGCAAUUCAGUGAUUGUUUUGAAAGCAGCAAAGUUCUAUUUGAAAUAAGUUGAAAGGGUAGAUAAGCUCUGCUAAUCCAUUCCCUGAUCCUGUAGUCUGGAUGUUCAUCACAGACCUGGGAAGGGUUUGCUCAGUGGAAACAAUUUUUGGUGCCUCGCUGUUUGUAACUCAUUCAGGAGCAAAUUAAUGGGUUUGUGUUAAUGAGCCGCUAAUUCUCUGGGCAUCUUCUCCGUGCCAGCUGCUGGGUGUGCGCUGUGUGAGUGAUUUUACCUGGGGAAUCAGAGCACAGCUUCCGUCAGGAAAUCCUGUAAAGUUGUGAUCCCACGGGGUGGCAGGAGGAGUCUGGCACUUGGUGUAACUGCUCUCGUUUAAAAUACUCCCAAAAAUUUGUGUCUCCAUUUUGGUUGAGAAUUUUUUGUUGCCCCUGAAGUUUUAAGUUGAUCCAAAGAAGGAAAAGGCAAUUUGUUUUUGAAGUCAGAGUGCAAAGUGCCCAGUGUGAGCUGCUGGAUGACCUCAGCAGCCGUCCUGCCAUGGAAUUCCUGGUGAUUAGCGGGAAUUCAACAGCUGAACAGGCUCAAGGCUUUUAUUUAGCUGUGCCCUGAGAUUAAGUGGCCUAAAACACAAUAAGGCAGAGUUAUUAUCCAAAAAAAUUAUUAUCCAACUUCUGCAAGCAGAAAUGCUCAGUUAAGUGGAGAGGUUGUUCCUCUGUGUGGGAUGUCACUACUGUGACACUUCACUGUCACACACUUCAUGCUGGAUCAAACAUUUCUUCAAGCCACUGGACAAGAAGUCCUUAAAAUGAGCCCAAAUUUCUGUUUUAUCACCUGUUUUUGGCUGACCUGCAGAAGUUUAGGUUAUUGCAGCAGUGUUUUGAAGCCGUGUGUGUGGUGUAGUGGGAAUUGGCUUUUCCUUGUUUUUCUCACUCUCUUCCUCGGAAAAAGCAAUAAAACUGCUUUGUCAGCUGCCUGUCAGCAUGAUGGGAAUUCUUCCCUUUGGAUAAUGAUUUUAUAGGGAAGUUUGUAUGCAAAUCACCAAGCCUAGCUUUUAAAAACAAAGUGUGCAGCAGUUCCUGACAGUACAGAGUGUGGCAUUUUAUUUUAAAAAACUGGGGAAAGUCCCAUCUUUUUUAAGAAGUAGAUGUUUGAGCAAAUAACAGAGGUACUUUUUUAAAAUAAAAAUGUAAAUGCCACAGUUUACUUGGAUGGCACAUAUGGAUUGUAUCCUUGGGUAUGGUGAUUUAUUUUGUCUUCUCAAAGUGUGUGUACAGUAACUCUUCCAUCUGCUUCCACUUGGCUUAUGGGGAUCCUGCUUUCUGUGCUUUCUAAUGUAUCAGGAUUGAAACAGCUUUCCAAAAUUGUAGUUAAUUUGGGAAUCUUUAUAAUAAGUGGACUAUAAAACGUAUGAAAUGCAGUUUUGGCCUUUUCUUUGUUGAGUGAAAUCACAGCUCGAGGCUUCUGUCUUUAGGAUUUAUGGAAUUUCUACAAUGAGAGGUACUGAAAUAUUUUGUAAGCUGGACUUUGGCAGGAUUCAGUGUGGAGUGAGCUCCCCUGGCACAUCUGUGCCCACCUGCAAUGGGGGAUUUUUAGGCUCAGGACACCAGGACACAUGUAAAUAAUCCUAUACAGAUUUGUGCAGUGCAAAGCUUGUUUUACAUGUAAACAUUCUCCUGGAAGGGUUAAAUCAUGGCAUUCUUUGAUUCUUCAGUUAUUUCCUGCUUCCAGUGCUGGAACUGGCUCAUUUUGCACAUAAUAAACUUGGCUCAUCUUUUAAUAUGAUUCUUCAAAACAAGCAAGUGCUGUUUCUGUGAUAUUGUAUUAUCUGAAUCAUCCUAUUUAACUUUUUUUUAAAGAAGUUAUAGUUUCUAAUUGUUCUGCUCCUGUGUUAUUUUGCUGGUGUGUAAUUAAAAACCAGAAUUUUUUCUUUCCUUGGUUAUUUAAUACUUUAGCUGCCUGUAAAUAUUUCUUGUUAAGUGCUCUGGAAUGUGCUGUAGAAGUUGUAUUCGCUCAGUUUAAAGCAUUGUUUGGAACCCAUUUUGGUUGGUUAUUUCUAUUAAAUCAGAAAAAUCAUUCUUUCAA